AUGGUCGAGGAGAGUUGGAAGAGUGCUACCUCUACCAUCGCGAACUCCUCUGCAGAGGGAGGUGGCGGAGCAGAGAAGCGCUCAGCUAGCGACGGCACAGCGCCUGCCAUAGCGGCCUCCACUGGCGCCGCUCCACCGCCGGCUAAACGUGCCUGGCGCGACCAGCCUCACGUAGGCAAGUACAAACUAAUACGCACUCUCGGAAGCGGCAAUUUCGCUAAGGUCAAGCUCGCCCAGCACAUCACCACAAAAAAAGAGGUAUUCUCUCUGUUUCUUGUCAUCCUUAUCUCUCUAUCCCACGACUACGAUCUCUUUAAUGAGCAACAUCGUCCGAUUAGUACGUGCACAAACCACCUCCUACUAUUAAGGACCUAUCACAGGUUCCACUUUCACUUUUCGGUUCUCUGCGGUAAUGGUGGUUCUUGCGCCUCGCCUUCAACGUUAAACCUGAUUCUUGCUCGUUUUUCUCUUUUAGUAAAACUCUAUGAGGUGAUUGAGUCUGAUCGUCACGUCUAUCUGGUGAUGGAAUUCGCUGCCAACGGUGAACUUUUCGAAUACCUCGUGUCCAAUGGUCGGAUGCGCGAGAAGGAUGCUCGCAUCAAGUUCCGUCAAAUUGUCUCUGCAGUGCAGUACUGCCACCAAAAAAACAUCGUUCACCGCGAUCUCAAGGCGGAGAAUUUACUCCUGGACGCCGAUUAUAAUAUCAAGUUGGCCGACUUCGGCUUCUCCAACACGUUCCGCGCCGACAAGAAAUUGGAUACAUUCUGUGGAUCGCCGCCGUACGCGGCGCCCGAGUUGUUCCUUGGCAAGAAGUAUAUCGGCCCUGAGGUGGAUGUUUGGUCACUGGGUGUCAUACUCUACACUAUUGUUGCCGGUUACCUUCCCUUUGAUGCACAGAACUUGCGGGAUCUUCGUGAACGUGUUCUACGCGGCAAGUAUCGUAUCCCCUUUUUCAUGUCUACCGAUUGCGAAAUGCUGCUGAAGCGCAUGCUUGUGUUGAAUCCAGAGAAAAGGUAUUCCCUCCUGUCAGUCAUGGAGGACAAAUGGACAAAUAUAAACAUGGAAGACAAUAUUCUCCGGCCCUACCAAGAACCAGCGCCUGACUUUAAAGAUCCUGUUAGACUUUCCAAAAUGGUCGAGAUGGGUUUCACGCUAGAGGAGAUCAAGGACUCUCUGGAGAAUAAUAAGUUCAACAACGUGACGGCAACAUAUUUCCUCCUUGGAACGGAUCGCCCCUCCUCCUCAAGCUCAUCUCUCUCCCAUCAGUUAUCCUCUUCCGCUAGCAUUUCCAACCGACCCACCACAUCCAUAACUACCGAUGACGACUCUGUGUCCGUGCCUGAUCCCUCCAAGUCCGUUUCCACACCCAGGGGAUCUGCAGCCACAAGCACCACAGCUGCUGCUGCUGCUGCUGUUGCUAUUGGUGGCGGCUCUGCCUUGACCACCGGCGGAGAUUUAGACUUACCUCACAUGCUGGUCUCUUCAACGUCUAUGCGAAAAGGAUCCUCCUCCACACGUGCAAACGGGUCCGCUAACUCCACUACUCCAGCUGCGGAGUCUACCUCUGAUUCAAACUCGUCAGCCAACGGAAAGCAGAAGUCUGCCUGGUCACAAAAACGCGGAGAGACUGUUUCCGUUGAUUCUACGACUGUCAACAGUGGUGUAAGGAUUGACAAGCCAAAGGUGGCUACUCCAACAACACACUUUGACGCACCCAGGUCCUCCGAGGCCGCCAGGGACUCUCCUAUCAAUCGGUCGCCAUCAAAGCCGUCUGGCGGAAUUGGCAGUGGUGGUGGUGUUCGGAGAACGCGUACCUUCACGUCUGCCGAUAAACGGCGCAAUACAGUCGCUGUUGGAGGUCCCGGCGGUGCUGAAGGUGACUCGGAUGUCUCAAAGGCUCUUGUUCGUGUCCCAAAUAUGGAUAACAUUGUCGAUCAAGUUGGCGAUGAGUCAGGAGGAGAGCGGGACACGUCGGACAGAGAGCUGGAUGUCGACGGCUUGGGCGUUCACUCCUCGGCUAGUGGACGCUGUGUUGCUGGUGGUUCGGGCGAUCUCCGGGUGGGAAAGAAUCUAACCCAAGCCACCACUCUACCCAGUCCUACCUCCACUCGUGCUCGCGCGGACGAUAGCGACUCCACCACUCUUAAACACCAGGACUCCUUAUCCACGGCUGAGACCGUCUAUGAAGUCACCAGCCUGGGUGAAAUUCGUGGAGGCGGAGGGGCGUUCUUUUGUGGCUUCUGGAAGCGGGUUAGAAGGAGCAUGUCACGGAAACAACAGCGCAAUAAAUCACGUCCAGCAAUCCGUUUUGAAGCGGCAGACGAGGUGCUUUCCGCGGAUCACCCUUCACACGCGGUUGAUAAAGCCGAACCCAAUACAGUACCAACCUUCAUGCGAGGCGCUCCAGACCGUAGUACUGCUCCAGCAGCUCGCGUCGUCCACCACGCCACUAACACUCCAGUGGAGCACUCUCAGCGAUUUAGGCCUCCUGUCACCUCAUCACCUCCACCACACUCCUCCCAUCAGCAUCGACCAGUGGAAGUGGGAGCAGAAUCGCCGGUGCGGGUGACAACAAAACCCACUGAGUACCACCAUCACUCUUCAUCGUUCCUCCGCAGUGUAUCCUCGAGGCUGAGCAAAAGUUUUCGACGCAAGAGGGACCGCUCACACUCCAGGACAACACCAACACGAGGGAUUUCCAGGCAGGCGACGGAGGAACGGGAGGAGGCAGGCAAGCAAGACACUAAUUUGGUGACUACUGAUUCACCUAUUCCUGCGCACCACCGCGCCUUCUCCUCUGAGCGGAAACAUGCCGUUGUUACCACUGAUGACCCUUGGAGUCCAAUGCUGCCCGAAAAGGGUCAUUCUGAAGGCGAGGCAUUGUUAACUAACAUUAGCAACAGCUUGGAGCCACUAUUGCCAGCCUGUUUCGAUAAGAAACCGCGUAAUAUCUCCGUCUUCUCGGGCACAUGGCGAAAGGCUUCUUCCUCCACCACAGCUACUACCAUCUUCGGUUCCAACCCUGAUCGGUUAAUGGGUCAGCUUAUCAGCGCUCUCAACACCGCCCGCAUUCACUUUGCCCGACCUGGCAAAUACCGCCUGCAAUUCGUCUUCUCGCCACCACCACUUCUUCCCUCCACUAAUACCAGUGUUGUCUCCCCUACCGCGGCCUCGCCGAUAGCAGAUUUCGCGUCGAAGGUGCGCCAUCGGGUGCGAGUGGUGGUGGAGGUAUGCCACGUAUUUGGCACAAACUCUUAUGUGGCACGAUUUAAACAUCUCUCUCCCUCUAACUGUCCUGCGGCCGCCACCGAGGACUUCAAGACGGUCACCCAGAGCCUCGUCCGCUUGGUCCGAACCUCCAUAUCCACACCCUCCUCCGCUGCCGCAGCCUCCUCCUCGUAG